AAAAAAUGAUUGAAGAGUGUUUUGAAAGCAGGAGCACGGCAAUACGGAAAAGGAAAAUGCAACAGUGUAUUUUAUAUCACACUGAAAUAUUAGAAUAUGCUGCUAGACUAAGGGGCUGUUUUUACAAUGAUAUGUUCGCUCAUUUAACUAUGACAGCCGCAAUUUGUGGAUGCUUGGAGAAAACACUUGUCGAUGGGGAGUCUCAAGUGUGCACCGCAAUUCACGUUUUUGGAUGGAUUUUAUCGUUAUUUAUGGCUUGUUAUGGUGGGCAGCACCUGAUAAGUGCGAGUGAGUUGUUUUCCACCAAAGUUUGGAAUUCACUAUGGUAUCAAGCCGAACCGAGCUUGCAGAAAGAUGUCAUCUUCAUGCUGUUUAGGUCGCAAAAGACUCUUUCAGUUACCGCAGGUCCUUUCGAUGUGGUUUCCUACUCACUUUUUGUUUCCGUGAUGAAAAUGUCGUACACCAUAAUGUGCUACUUAACGAAAUAAUUGUACCAUUGAAAUUAUUGUUUUGCCAAUUUGUCUUUUUUUAUGACAAGCACGCCGU